UGUCGACGCCAGCAGCUGAUGUGUUGACGUUUCCAUACGGAUGGCAGCUGGUCCUGCGGCCAGCAGAAUCAACCGGUCCGGUACUUUUUGUUGUUGUUAUGUUUAUUUUAGGCUUUUUGCUCAGUUAGAACAGUGUUUUUUCCGCUGCUGAACACACACACGGUUCACACAUACAUACACGGUCCGGUUCGGUCCCGGUACGCCAGACAAAACUAGCGGGUGAUUAUUGAGGACACGCUCGGGACCUUUGCAAUCCGCGGUCAGCUCCGUGCUAUAGCAACACACUUCCAUCAACUCGUUCCGUAUCAAUCCGGUGCAACAGGUUUGCUGCACCAAAGACACAUAAGAUCGUUUGCAAAUAGUAGAAGACCUCAACCACAGUAAAAAAAGGAUUCACGGAAGAGAAUGACGUAUUUUGGCUGAAUAAUUACAGCGGGAGCAUCUGCAGGCGAGCAUUAGCACUCCAAUACAUACAAACAGGUGAGCGAGAGUGUACACCAACAAAGUCCAACCAGAGGCAAACAUUCCCUAAGCAGAGCAGGCCCAGGACCCUUUCUAUGUACGUGAUCCGGUAGCAGUAGCAGCAGCAGCAACAACAACACCGUAGGAAGACGAUGUCGUUGGUGGUGUUUCUGAUCGCAGCCGCCCACUGCGUUUACACGCCUUUUACGAAGGUCGAGGAAAGCUUCAAUCUGCAAGCAAUUCACGAUCUGCUCUACCACCGGACCAACCUUACCGAGUAUGAUCAUCAUGAGUUUCCCGGUGUGGUGCCACGCACCUUUCUCGGCCCACUGUUCAUCACGUUCCUGGUGACGCCGAUCGCAACGCUGCUCGAAAUGUUCGAGAUCAACAAAUUUUGGGUGCAGUAUGCAGUUCGAUUUACGCUCGCCGCCACGGUCGUGUUUGCCUGGAACCGUCUCAAAGUGACCAUCCUGCACAAGUUCGGUGUAACGGUCGGCGUAUGGUUUAUGCUCAUCACCGCCACCCAGUUCCAUUUCAUGUUUUACAUGAGCCGCCCACUGCCGAACAUAAUGGCCCUACCGCUCGUGCUGCUCGCGAUCGACUACUGGCUAAACCGGUGCGUCAAACGUUUCAUCGUGUGCUCCGGUGCGGCGAUCAUCAUUUUCCGGGCCGAGCUAGCGAUGCUGCUCGGGCUGUACCUGCUGUACGAUAUCUACUACAAGCGGAUCUCGGUUCCGGACCUUCUGCGUACCGCCAUACCGGCCGGUGUGCUGCUGGUCGCACUGACCAUCACCGUCGAUAGCUUCUUCUGGCGCCGGUUACUAUGGCCGGAAGCGGAAGUCUUUUGGUUUAACACCGUGCAGAACAAAAGCUCCGAAUGGGGCACCUCACCGUUCCUGUGGUACGUUUACUCCGCGCUACCCCGGGCGAUGGGUCUUUCGAUCGUGUUCGUCCCGUUGGGACUGUAUCUGGAGACGCGCAUCCGGUCGCUGGUGGUACCGGCCGUUGUGUUUGUGCUGCUGUUUUCCUGCCUGCCGCACAAAGAGCUACGGUUUAUCAUCUACGUGUUUCCACUGUUUAAUGUGGCCGCGGCGUGUGCGUGCAAUCGACUGUGGCUCAACCGAGGGAAAAACCUGUGGAACAAAUUUCUUUCGUUCGUAUGCAUCGGACAUCUGUUCGGGAACACACUGCUGACGAUGUUUCUGCUGCUGGUGGCCGGUACCAACUAUCCCGGUGGAGUUGCCAUCUCGAGAUUCCAUCGCCUCGCAGCCGGUGAAACCAACGUAUCCGUCCACAUCGAUAACCUGUCCGCCCAGAGCGGAGUGUCACGGUUCGCUCAGAUCAAUUCCGACUGGACUUACAGCAAGCUGGAAAAUCUGCGACCCGACGACGAAAUGUUGCACCGGUUCGAUUAUUUGCUGACGGAGGCACAGGACAAAUACUCCGACAAGAUGCGGCUGCUGUCGCAGACGCACGAGAUCGUCGAGUUUGUCGAAUGCUUUAACAGCAUCGGACUGCAGUACCGGUCGGUGCUGCCGGUGAAGAUUAAAACGAAACCGUGCAUCUUCAUCAUGCGUCGCCGGUACGAUGCGGGGGAUAAGGAACGGGUGCGGUGGCCUUCCGUGAUGGAAGGAAGCGGAAAAGAUGCGGCUAAGGACGCAUUCGUCAGCACUACUAUGCCUUAUACGGACCGUAAAGAAGCAGACGAAGAGGAGGAUGAAGAGGAAGAGCUGGAGGAACGUGAGGAAGAGGACGAGCAGGACGAACCAGCGGACGAACAGAGAGAGAAAGAAGUUCCUAUCGAGGAAGAAGACAAGGAAGAAGAAGGUUUCGUUGAUACGGUGAAGGAAGAAGAAAAGCGACCGGAAAGGCGGAAACGAAGCCUUUUCACGAAAAGCUCAUCGAUUCGGUUGAAUUCUAGAAGUUUCGCACCCGCUACACCAAAGUUUCGGCGUGUAAAGCAAGCGGAAACCCCGAACCAGGUCGACCAUCAACCAAGCACAGCAAAAGACGACGAAGACGAUGAAGAGGUGGAAGAGGAUAACGAGACGUCCGAGGAGGGCCGAUCGAAGCUUACUGCCUUCCAGCCACAGUCGAGCAAAGCUGCCGGCGGCCGGUUAAAGGAGGCCCGGAAGCUCAUCAAGGAGGAAAAGAUGCGCCGGAUGGCGAGCAAGCUGACGAAGGCCAGCUUCAGCGAGGUAUGCAAUCUGGACCGGAUGUCGAUGAAGGAGUGUUUAAAGAAGCUGAUCGACGACAGUGGUACGCUUGCGGACGAGCUGGACGAUGCGGACGACUAGAUGGAGAUGCAUUGAAGGGGGUUUAUCUGCCCACUGGCUGCUGUUGUGGAGUGUGAUCAACGAUACACAUGUAUUUGUAUAUAGAAUAUGUAUAGAAAUACAACUCAACGUGUGGUAUGUGUGUG